UACACAGACGAGUCAUGUAUCUAUCUCUAUGGGUGCCUUCGCAUAACUUCCGUCUUGUCUUUACUGGUUCUCUUACUGGUCUGUUUCUKUGGUCGUGGUGUUCUACCACUCAAUGUCAGUCAUGUCGUGGACAACUAAAGUGUUAAAGUUAGUCGUGCUGGCUGGAGUGUCUGUGUUGAUAGUGAUGUCCCUGCGGCAGUGGAUGGCCAACAAACACUAUGUCUUCACAAAGGAAGAUGUUGCUAUACUGGCCAAGCGAUACGCAGGUCAGGACCACGACCAGGCCUUCUCCAAGGUGGUGGUGGAGCUGCGGAAGAAGUACCCGGGUCACAUCCUGCCGGACGAGGACCUGCAGUGGGUGUUUGUCAAUGCAGGCGGCUGGAUGGGGUCCAUGUGUCUGCUCCACGCCUCCCUCACUGAGUACGUCCUGCUGUUCGGCACCGCCGUGGACACCGGAGGACACUCAG